AUGGACGCACGCGAAGGCAUCUCCGAUGUCUCCCUUGUUUUCGACUCGUUCGAUGUAGACCUUGUGGUUAAGGUCGUGAUGCACACGAUGCUCAGCCCGUUCUUCACCUUCUUCAUACCCGUCUUCUACUACUUCCAGGGGUACUCCAUGUACCACCCGGUGGUAUUUGUGACCUCCGCUUACGUCGCAGCUGUAUCUGGCUUCUGGUUCUUGAAGUGGUAUUCUCGGCUGUAUAGGAAUCAAGGGAGCUUGUUGUAUGCUCCGAGAGCCCUGGACUGGGGUGAACAGAUUGUCCUUGUGACGGGAGGCGCCUCCGGUAUCGGAGAACUUAUUGCGAACACUUGUGCUGUGCGCAAUGUCACAGUCGUCGUGUUGGACGUCAACCCUGUCGUCACCGAGAAUUACAACAUCAGCUAUUACAAGUGCGAUGUCUCGAAGUGGGAGGAGGUAGAGGAGAUGUCUAAGAGGAUCAUCGACGAAAUUGGUCAACCGACCAUUAUCAUCAAUAAUGCAGGUGUUGUCCAAGGCAAGUCAAUAGUGGACCUCACGCCUGAGGAUAUUCAACAAACCUUCUCCGUGAAUACCUUGGCCCACUUUUGGAUCCUCAAGGCGUUCCUUCCUGGUUUACUCGAGAUGAAGACCGGUCACAUUGUGACGAUGGCAUCAGUUGCGGGUAUGGUUGGAAUGGCACAGAUGACCGACUACAACGCUUCCAAAGCCGCAGUCAUCUCCCUGCACGAAUCGUUGCGCUACGAGUUGGACCACAAGUACAAGACCCCGGGCAUUCGCACCACACUUGUUGUCCCGGGGCACGUACUUACCCCCAUGUUCUCGAAAGUCCGCCUCCCCACAGCGUGGUGGUAUCGCUUCCUAGUUCCCAGCAUACCUCCAGUGGCUAUUGCGAAGGCAGUGAUCGCAGCGAUUGAUGACCAGCACUCUCAGCAAAUACUCAUGCCGUUCUACGCGAACUUUGUGCCGCUCUUGCAGUUCUGCCCUAGCUACAUUAGGGACUUCGGACAAUGGCUCUCUGGAUGCGACUACGCUAUGGAUGGAUUUGUCAAGGUAUCCGGCCGCCGCCCAGAGGAAGGACCUGUUCCUGGCACGUCUGAGAAGCACUGA